GAAAACUGUGCAUUCAAAAACUACAGUUUGUUAGAAAAUCGGAAAGCUUUUGUCCUGUCGUACGUUUCGUAUUUGGUGAAUUUAGAAUUUACAAAUGGCUCAGAAUAUAAAUCCCUUAUAUUCUCUUCAAACAACGCCAUCAAAAAACACUGAAGAACGACAGAACAGACCUCAAGAUAAUCAUGCAGUGACGAAAAGAUUGCAGAAAGAACUCAUGACUCUCAUGAUGUGCUCAGACAAGUCAGUGUCUGCAUUCCCAGAAGGAGAGAACCUUUUCAAGUGGAUUGCUACAAUCACAGGUCCCAAAGAGACAGUAUACGAGGGGUUGACGUACAAGCUAAGCAUGGAGUUCCCCAACAGCUACCCAUAUGCUGCCCCUGUAGUCCGGUUCACCACUCCCUGCUUUCACCCUAACGUGGACACGGGUGGCAACAUUUGCCUAGACAUCCUCAAAGAGAAAUGGUCUGCGCUAUAUGAUGUUAGGACCAUCCUGCUCUCCAUCCAGUCUCUCCUUGGAGAGCCCAACAAUGACAGCCCCCUCAACCCCCAAGCAGCAGAGCUGUGGUCCAGACAGUCCGAGUACAAGAAACACCUCCACAGUAGUUAUAAGGAAGCCGUCUCUGAGCCACGUUAGAAAAUCGGAUAGUGAAGCUGAUCCCUAGUUUAGAUAUUUCAUUACUGCUGGUUAGGCUGAAUUGAUAUUAAAUGUACAGUCUUCUUUCAAAUUAUUUUAACACAAACCAUAUCUUUUACUAUCUUCUGAAAUUGACGUGAUUUUUUAAUUCCAAUGUACACUUCCAUUGUUUUAUUAUUUAAUUUUGUAUGUUUUCGUAUUAUAUUGGUUGUGUAUUUUCUGUUGUAAUUUAUUUAUGAAAUUAAUAAAUUUAUUAUAUCACUU